AUGGCCAACGCUCUGGAAGAUCUCGAGAAAACCCUCGAGACCAGCUGUCAGGUGCAAAUAUCAGGCCUCCACCCCUCCAUCGACAGCCAACCCCCUGCUGCCAAAGCGGAUUCCUUCUACCGAGGGUUGACAGAGGAGGAGCUUAAACGUGCGAGCGAUUUCAACUUCGACCAUCCUGCCUGUGUGCAUAUGGUUACCACUGUAUGCGGCGCUGCUGAUAACCACCACCCCGUUUCUUGCAAGCUGGCAAAGGAAGAGCAGAAGCGUGCUAGUAACUUCAACUUCAAAAGUCCUGGACUGAUUGACCAUCGUGGCGCUACCUCACUUGUGUUCACGUGCCUCCUUCCCUCGUCUCCUCCCUCUGCUUCCUCCCUCUGCCUUCUCCCUCUCCCCCUCCCCACUGGUCCCCUACCUUUGACUUCCCUUCAUCCUCCCUCUACCUCCUCCCUCUGCCUCCUCCCUCUGCCUCCUCCCUCUACCUCCUCCCUCUGCCUCCUCCCUCUGCCUCCUCCCUCUGCCUCCUCCCUGACUGCUCCCCUCCCUCCCUCACUCCCCUCAGUCCUAUUUGACACGGACGCUCUGCUCUCAACCCUCUGCACUAAACUCUCAUUGCUCUUUAGGAACGUUGAUAUGUGGCGAUCCUAG